GUUCCGCAGCGCUAAGCGGUCACCAUACCUGGGCUGCAUAUGUCCCGCAACGAAUAUGAAUGGGCGGGGUCUCUCCAUCCAAAAGCGCGGAGACCCUGCAGUGCCAACGCAUCACCGCUGAAGAAGAAUCGAGGGCAGUCAUGUCCUCCAAUCCCUCCGACCACGCCGGUUUCAAACGCUGUUUGAGAUCACAGCCACCCUGAAUCGGAGCGCCCCUCGAACAUUAUUGGCAUCUUAGAGUCAGCAUUGGAGGAUUCGCGAUUCGAGUGAACCCUUACCCCGCUAAGAUUCUAGCUCCCCCGACUUUCUGGAUCCAGGGGACGACGAAUGUUGCAACAACCAUCGCAAGACAUCCCCAACAUAGCAGAGAGCAUUGCCAAACAGUAGAAAACUUGUGCAGAGCACAAUAAUCCCUCCAUCAUGAACGUCGACCCUCUGACUGGCAAACCGCUCCCUUCGACCGCCAUCCAACGCAUCCUCUACCUCGCGCCCAAAGUCCACAUUUACCAGAUCCCACCUGCGACGUCUACAAAAGGCUACCAGGCCUCGACCUGGACAGCCGACAACAACAAGCUCCAAAUCUUCACGGCUCGACUACGCGUCGUCGAGACGUCAAUACCGUCGAAUGAGGAGCAACAAAGCAACGACGAUGCAGAGGAGAAGGUCACAACAACACUCCUAUUGGAAGACCCAAAAACGGGGGACCUGUUCGCCGCAGCGCCAUACACAAGUGAGAGGACGGUAGAGCAAGCAUUGGACAGUAGCCGCUUCUUCGCCAUCACCGUCGUGGGCGAGGGCAGGAAGGCGAUCCUGGGUAUGGGCUUCGAGGAACGCAGCGAAGCCUUUGAUUUUAGCAUUGCGCUGCAAGACGCCCGUCGCGUACUUGGCUUUGAACAAAACCCCGUUGCGACAUCAUCAUCCCGCUCCUCCAAAUCCGCACAAACGCCCGUCGCCGAAGAACCAAAACGCGAUUUCAGUCUCAAGGCCGGCGAAACGAUAUCGAUAAAUCUGGGAGGCUUGAAGGGACGCAGGUCAAGAUCACAUGAGGGAGGCGAGAAGAGUGAGGAAGGUGAUCGCAAGAGCGAACAAGAUGCGCUGUUCAGUAUAAAGCCGCCACCGGGAAGUGGGGGUGGGGGUCCCGGAUUCCUGCCACCGCCACCAAGUGCGAAGAGUGUCAAGGAGGAAAGGAGGAGAAGUCGGCAGAACUUUGAUGCUGCCAGCUUUCAAUCGCCCAAACAGACGGCGGAGGAUUUGGGCUUCGACGAUGGCGAGUUUGGCGAGUUCCAAUGAGAGGGGGCUACAAAUAAGUGGGAGGUAUUUUGUGCAUGUUUAGCAUUGGAGUUAUUGUUUGCACUGGUUUAGGUCCUCCGCGCAUGGGAGGCGUUUUGAAAUCAAGACAUAGCAAGUUUCAAGGAGACGCGAGUUUUGCUGAGUGUAUAGGUGCGUGUCGUCGAGUGAAAGCGAGGUGUGUUGGGUAUAUCAAUCUACAAAUGCCGAUCCUAUGUGCCCG